AAAUCAAAGAAUGGUGAAAUCAUGUCAAAAAGAUGACGACACUUUUUGCUCAACUCAUCGCUCUCGUCCUUUCUCGCGCCUCGUUUUCGGCUACAUUUUCUCCCAAUUCUAUGCCGUCUACGCGUCGGAGCAAUGGCCGGAGCAGACGAAGCGGCAAUCGAUUGCCUGCCGGUCGAUUUAUUGGCCCAUAUUUUCUGCCUAAUUACUUGCUUCAAGGAUUUAGCUCAGGCAAGCAGAGUAUGUACGAAAUGGAGGCAGGGAGUGGAACAAUCGUUGGCGCGGAGGGAGAGCUUAAGCUUUUCUGGUUGGAAAAUGGACGAUGAAUCCACCGCUCGCUUGGUGAAUCUCUCCUAUGGCCUCAAGGAGCUCGAUAUAUCAAGAAGUCGAUGGGGUUGCCAAAUAACAGAUCGUGGAAUCGAGCACCUGUCGAAGGCAAAAUGUAUUAGCAAUCUGUCGUCGAUUUCUCUGUGGGGUUCGACAGCAAUCACAGACAAUGGAGUUAUUCAACUUAUUUCGCGAACUAAUUCUCUACGACACCUCAACAUUGGAGGUACAUUCAUCACAGAUGCUUCCCUUUUUGCCAUUGCCGAAAGCUGUCCUAACCUAAAGUCGCUAGUUUUGUGGGGAUGCCGUCAAGUAAGUGAGAUUGGACUUGUCGACAUUGUAAAUAAAUGCCAAAAGCUCGAGUCCAUCAACGUAUGGGGCAUGAGGGUCCCUCUUGAUUGCUUCUUAGGUCUCCUCACAAUUCGCCCUUCUCUUCGAAUAAAACCCGAAGGUGUUUUGUUGAGCGACUACAAGUCCCGGACAUUUAUCCGGUAAGGAUAGGCAAUUUUUUCAAACGAAUCUUUAAGCAUUUCUCGUAUUCUACGGUUUGAUGGUGAAGAUCCUUCAAUUUAUUGAAGUUUGUAUAUUAAGAAAUAAGGGAAUGUUGAAAAAAAUAUCUCGCAUGUAUGCUCAAUUAUUAAUUUUGUCUUUUAAUUGUAACCCUAACAAAAAUAUAUUAUGCAUCUAUCACAAUUUCGUUAUUUUAGUA